AAUUUAAGCUAUAAAUAUACUUUUCAAUAUUAUCAUGCAUUUCAGCAGCUAGAGAAACCCCAAAAGCAAGAAGGAAAAAAGAAUGAAAGAAGAUUUGGGUUUUGAUUAUUACACAUUUCUCAUCUCAAAAUCCAUAAAAAACAAGAACUUGAAACUAGGCUUACUUUUACACUCGCAUUUUAUCAAAAAAGCUUUAACCUUUAACCCCUUUAUAACCAACCAUCUUAUAGCCAUGUACUCAAAGUUCAAUGAAAUAAAAAGUGCCCAAAAGGCCUUUGAUGAGCUUCAUGUGAAAAACAGCCAUUCUUGGAAUAUUCUUCUUUCUGGGUACUUACAACAUGGCCACUUUGAUAGAGCUCGUAACUUGUUUGAUCAAAUGCCGAACAGAAAUCUUGUUAGUUACAAUUCAUUGAUUUCUGGCUUUUCCCAACAUGGAUUUUUCAAAGAAUCAGUAAAUAUCUUUAAGAAAAUGCUAAAUGAAUGUGAUCAUUUGGUUAUUGAUCGCUAUACGGUUGUUAGUGUUGUUGGUGCUUGUGUUUGCUUAGGUGCAUUGAAAUUGUUGUGUCAAGUUCAUGGUUUUAUGAUAGUUUUUGGUUUGGAGUUGGAUUUGAUUGUUUACAAUGCUUUGAUUGAUGCCUACGGGAAGUGUGGGGAGGUGAAUAGUGCAUAUAGGAUUUUUUGUCGAAUGAGUGAAAGGGAUGUUGUUUCAUGGACUUCUAUGGUGGUUGCUUACGCUAAAGUGUCUAGGUUGGAGGAUGCUAGUCGUGUAUUCAAUGAAAUGCCAGUUAAAAAUACAGUUUCUUGGACUGGUUUAAUCACAGGGUUUGCACAAAAUGGGCGUGGAAAUGAAGCAUUGAAUCUUUUUUGGCAGAUGUUGGAGGAAAGAGUGCAGCCUAAUGCUUAUACAUAUGUUUGUGUUUUAAGUGCUUGUGCGGAUUUAGCCCGAAUUGAAAUAGGUAAUUUGUUAUCAAGAUACACUCUUAUACCAGUUGUUCAAGCAAGUUCAGUAUGUGCAACUGAGAAUUUUAGUCCUGUUCAUGACAAACUUCUUAAAAUGGGGAGUCAGCAUCGCUGUGCGGUAAAGAUUUGUGCAACUAGGAGGAGAAGGGCUGCAUAUUCAAGGACUGAAACCUAUGUUCUACUAGAACCUGGACAAGAGGAGAAGUUUGUCUCCGUAGAAGAAUUGAAAGCCAAGUUAAAGGGCUGGCUUGAAAAUUGGCCAGGGAAGACCCUUCCACCAGACCUCGCAGGAUUUGUGACCAUCGAUGAUGCUGUUUCUUACUUAGUAAGGUCUGUUUGUGAACUUGAAAUAGAUGGAGAUGUUGGCUCGAUUCAAUGGUAUGAAGUUCGACUAGAGUGAGAAGAGCAGUCAUGACCAUUUAGCAAUCAUGUAAUACUGAGGGCUACACAGAGCUAGCUAUCAGUUUCUUAAUAACAGAAACGUAUGUAUAUACUGAGUGCUAUCAGAGCUAGCCAUCAGUUUAUUCAUUUGAAGCAUACGCUGACGCAUUUGCCUAAA